AUGUUGCCGAGGUCUUGUCUUACACUUGAGUUUUACUUUGAUUCUGGAAUCGAGCUUACAGUAGGGUUUCUAAGCCAUAUUACUGUGUUCCGUUUGAUUGCUCCUUGGGUUUCUGUCUGCAGCUUCAAGGAACCACUAAUUCUGAUGUGCACCUGGAGUGAUUACAAAUGCAACGCUGAUCAAGUUCUUAAGCUAAAGCAGCUCACUCUACUUACCCUGGCAGAGACAAACAAGGUAUUGCCUUAUGAGACGCUGAUGGUCGAGUUAGAUAUCACUAACGUACGUGAACUCGAAGACUUUCUUAUCAAUGAAUGUAUGUAUGCGGGUAUAGUUCGAGGAAAAGUUGAAAAGAUGUUGAGCACAUCAGAAGAUCUGCUGGUUUCGAUUCAAGAUAAGAUCGAAUGGGCGGACAAUAUGAGUGAGGUGGACAAUAGAACUCGAAAGGAAGCAGAAGAGACGGUGGAGGAAGUGAAAAAAUCUCUAUUCAUGAAGGCCGAGGCUGAGCUCAGAGGGCACGAAGAGAUAUUUGGUGAACCAAGUGGAGUGAUGGACUACGAAGAAGACCGAAGCAGACCCAAGAGGAGGAGGCAUUCGGUGCCAUGA